AUGUACACUAAGUCUACUAUCGCUCUGGCUCUCCUCCCAGGGCUGCUGGAAGCUCAUUCUAUUGGCAAUCCUAUUGUCCGUCGCGGGGUUGACUGCAGCUUUGCCACAGCCGCCAACCCAGGCGACACUUGUGAUGACUUUGCCGACACCUGGGGUAUUUCGGUUGACCAGUUCAAGUCCUUGAACCCCGGACUCGACUGCGGCAUCUUUGACGACAGUCAGGAGUAUUGCGUGCUGGGCGGUGUCACUGAAGACGAUGACUCCGCCACAACCUCGAAGAUUGUGGAGAGCACCACGUCGGUGACCACCUCUGCUUCUACCACUUCUACCACUUCUACCACUACCAUGAUCACUACCACGACCACUUCUGCCAACAGCCAUGAGCCUACUCAGCCUGGUCUGGCUAAGAACUGUGAUGGGUUCCUCAAGAUCGUCGAUGGUGACAACUGUGACGAUAUCAUCGCCAAGGCCGGCAUCAGCCACCAGCAGUUCUCCGAAUGGAACCCUUACAUCAAUGACAAGUGCUCGAACCUCUGGCUAGACUACUAUGUCUGCGUUCACGUCCCUGGCACGACGACAACUCCCCCUGUCUCCAAGCCCACCGAUGAUGGCCACUCUCCCACCCAGUCCGGCAUUGCUAAGAACUGCGACAAAUACCAUAGGGUUGUCGCUAAUGACCAAUGUGACUCCAUUGAAACCAGCAACUCAAUCACCCAUGCGCAGUUCCGCGAGUGGAACCCUGCGAUCGAUGCGAAGUGCUCGAAUCUCUUGCAUGAUUAUUACGUCUGCGUCCACGUUCCCGGUGCUCCUACCGCAGACGGCCCUACUCCCCAAAUGCCCGACAUUGUCUCAAACUGCAAGAGAUACCACAAGGUCAACAAUGAGGGCUGCUACGAUAUUGAACAAAGUGCCGGCAUCAGCCACGCCCAGUUCCGCAAGUGGAACCCGACUGUUGAUGCCAGCUGCAGCAACCUCUGGGCCGGCUACUAUGUCUGCAUUGGUGUUUAA